AUGCCGAGGGCGGGUCCGCCAACGGCGGCCGACCGCCGGCGUGCCGCCGAGCGCAUGCGUCGGCUCAGGGCGAGACGCGCCGAAGAACAACGCCAGGCCGAGCUGGAGCGACGCAGAGCACAGCGGGAAGCCGACGAGGAGGAACAACCUGUGCCGAGGGCGGGUCCGCCAACGGCCGCCGAGCGCAUGCGUCGGCUCAGGGCGAGACGCGCCGAAGAACAGCGCCAGGCCGAGCUGGAGCGACGCAGAGCACAGCGGGAAGCCGACGAGGAGCAGCGUGCAGCCGACGCAGAGCGCCUCCGUCGGCUGCGUGAAGACGAAGACUACCGCGAGCGGGAGCGCCAGCGGCAGCAGCAGCGCCAGCUGGACGAGGCGAACCGCGAGCGAGAGCGCCAGCGGCAGCAGCAGCGCCAGCUAGACGAGGCGAACCGCGAGCGAGAUCGAGACCGGGCAGACCGCCGUCGCCGGGAGCGUCGUGACCAGUCACCGUCUCGCGAGGCGCGCCACACCGCCGCCGUCCUCUCUGGAGAGCAGGCCGUGCCGCUCAACACCGUCGGCGACAGAGACCGCGGCUGCCAGCACUGUGGAGCGCUGCUGUGGCCAGCCGAGCGACCCAGCCUCUGCUGUGCGGCCGGCAAGGUCCGGCUCGCACCUCUGCCAGCUCCUCCACCUAGCCUGCGCCAGCUGUGGACAGACGACUCGGCGGUCGCUCGGAUUUUCCGCAAGCAUGUCCGACAUCUUAAUUCCGCCCUGGCACUGGCGUCACAGACCGUGCAGGAGGUGCGGCCACCCCCCGGUCACGGCGGUUACACGCCAUCUGUUGUGAUACAGGGCCGGCUGUAUCACCGACUGGGACCGCUUCGUGCUCGCGACGGCGAAGUACCGAAGUUUGCGCAGAUUUAUGUGCAAGACCCGCUGUGCGAAGACCCGGAGGCGGAGGCGGCGCUGCGCCUGGGUCAUGUCCGGCUAAGCGCCAACACCCCAGCGGCGACACAGCGCGCUCUGCGUGACAUCCUGCAGCACCUGCAGCAGCUGCUCCGGGAGCACAACCCGCUAGUGCAAGAUUUUAUCAUGGCCAGCGAGAUCCCAGAGGACCAAGUGGAGCACCGGCGCCUGGUCAUCAGCGCCGACGCGCGGCCAGCCGGUGAACACGCACGGCGGUACAACCGACCGGAGGGGCUGCAGGAGGUCUCAGUGCUCAUCGGCGAGGAGCCCGUGCACCGGGACAUCGUCCUGCGCCGGCGCGCCGCUGGCGAUGGCGCUGAUCUGGCCACCAUCAGUGAGUGUCACCGGUCCUACGAGCCCCUGCAUUUCGUGCUCCUGUACCCGUUCGGGACAGACGGCUGGCACCCUGAGCUGGCGCAGCAGCGGCCCGACGGCGAUGGUCCGGCGCGACGGGUGACCGCUCUGCAGUACGCCGCCCACCGUCUGCAGACGCGGCCAGUGGACGACGACUCGCUGUUGCGGGCUUGCCGCCUGCUGCAGGAGUUCUGCUGCAUGGCCUUCGCCCGGGUCGAGACGCAGCGGCUGUUGUUCCUGGCCAUGAACCAGCGUCAGAUCCGGGCGGAGCUCUACCAGCACCUGGUAGACGCCAUGGCCGGUGACCUGGAGGACGCCGCCGCCGCUCCCGCCGCCGCCGACCAGCCGGCGAGAGACGGUGCCGGUGACGCCGGAGCCGCACCAGCACCUCCGCUCGGCGUUGGACGCCGCGUAAUCCUACCGCCGUCAUUCAUCGGUGGACCGCGGCACAUGCAGACCAGGUACUUGGAUGGCAUGGCCAUUGUCCGCAGCUUGGGCAAGCCGUCCCUGUUUAUUACGGUGACAUGUAACCCGGCUUGGGACGAGGUCACCAGGGCUCUGCUGCCCGGCCAGAAGCCAGAGGACAGACCUGACAUCUUGGCCAGGGUCUUCCGCCUCAAGCUGCAGAGCUUGCUGUCGGACCUGACGAAUGGUGGUGCCUUCGGCCGCAUCAUCGGCUAUCUGAGUGUCAUCGAGUUCCAGAAGCGUGGUCUGCCACACAGCCACAUUCUGUUGAUCCUCGACCGUGCCGACCGUCCGACCACCGCCGAGGACAUCGACGCCAUGGUGUCGGCCGAGCUGCCGGACCCGGCGACAUCGGAGCAGGCGCGCCGGCUGCACGACAUCGUGCUGAACUGCAUGACGCACACGCAGUGCGGCGCAGCCAACCCGGCAGCUGGGUGCAUGAGAGACGGCAGGUGCUCCAAACACUUUCCGAAGGAGUACGCUGGCCAGACGGAGUGGCGGGACGACAGUCCCUAUCCGGUGUACCGCCGGCGGGCUCCGGACGCCGGCGGCCAGCAAGUGGAGCACCGCGGCCGGCUGGUGGACAACCGCUGGAUCGUCCCCUUUUCCCCGCUGCUCUCGCUCCGCUACUGCUGCCACAUAAACUUGGAGAUCUGCUGCUCCGUCGAGUCCGUCAAAUACUUAUUCAAGUAUAUCUACAAGGGCCACGACCGCCAGAUGGUCCGGACCGACGGACAGCGAGCGGCAGCAGCAGAGCGCGACGAGAUCGGCGAAUACCAAGAUCUGCGCUCGAUCGGCGCCAGCGAGGCAUGCUGGCGUCUGUUCCAGUUCGACAUGAGCAGUAGGUCGCCAGCGGUUGAGCCUCUCCAAGUCCACCUGGAGAACCACCAGGUGGUGCUCUUUGAGGACGGCCAGGAGCGCCAAGCCGCCGCCGCCGAGCCCAGAGACACGCCGCUGACCGCGUGGAUGCGGUACAACCGGGAGUGUGCCGCCGCCGACCCCGGCUGCCUGGCGCUGCUCUACCCCGAUUUCCCGCGCCACUGCCGCUGGGAUAAGGGCCGCCGGAACUGGGUCAGGCGGCAGAACCACCAGGCGGCACCCACCAUCGGCCGGGUGGUGAGCGUCUCCCCACGACAAGGAGACGUUUUCUACUUGCGGCUGCUCCUGCACCACGUCCCGGGCGCGACCAGCUUCGCGGAGCUUCGCACCGUGGCAGGAGUAGUCUGCGCGACCCAUCAGGAGGCCUGCCGUCGCCGUGGCCUGCUCCAGGAGGACGCCGAGUGGGACGUCACCAUGCAGGAAGCGGCGCUGGUACAGAUGCCGCGCCAGCUGCGCCAGCUCCUGGUCACCAUCCUGCUAUUCUGUGAGCCGGCUGACCCGGCAGGACUCUUCGAGCGCCACUAUCCAGCCCUCGCCGAAGACUUCACCCGUCGCCACAGGGAGCUGGACGCCGCAGUAGCUCGCUCGCUAGCGCUACUGGACGUCGAGCGGCGCCUGCAGCGCGCCGGCAAGGAGCUGGCCGACCUGCAGCUGCCGGUCGUGCCGCAGGAGCACCGUCUGCUGGCCGCCCAGCUGGAGGAGGCCGCCGAGCUCCGCCGCCUGCCGCCCGUCAUCCAGGAGGAACUGGCGUACGACCGGGAGGCCCUGCGCGAGCAGACGGACGCCCGGCUGCCCACGCUGCUGCCGUCACAGCGGGCCGUGGUGGACGCCGUGCUGGACGCCGUCCGGGAGCGCCGGCCGCUGGCCGUGUACGUCGAUGCCCCGGGCGGCACGGGCAAGACGUACACUUUCAACGCCCUGCUGGCGGCCGUGCGGGCGGAGGGAGAGGUGGCGCUGGCCGUGGCGUUCAGCGGCAUCGCGGCCACCCUCCUGGAUGGCGGCCGCACGUUCCACUCUCGCUUCAAGGCGCCGCUUCAGGUGACAGCCACCUCCACCUGUAACGUGCCGGUGCAGAGCCCACUGGCCGACCUGAUCCGCCGAGCACAGCUGAUCGUCUGGGACGAGGCUCCGAUGGCGCACCGCCACCUCCUGGAAGCCCUUGACCGGACCCUUCGGGACGUCACUGCCACCGAACAGCCGUUCGGCGGUAAAGUGAUGCUGCUCGGCGGGGACUUCAGACAGAUUCUCCCUGUGAUCAGGCGCGGCUCACCGGCCCAAAUCAUCGACGCCUGCCUGCGGCAGUCUCCACUCUGGCGGCACUUCCACUACCUCAGGCUGGAAGAGAACAUGCGGGCCCGCCAAGCAGCCGACGGUCUCCACCCUGAAGACGCCGCGGCUUUCUGCGAGUGGCUGCUAGCGCUCGGCGAGGGUCGCCUGCCCACCGACGACGACGGAAAUGUCCAGCUACCGGCCGGCCUGUGCAUGGACGCUGACCUGCCGGAGGUCAUCCGGUGGGUGUUCGGUGACCUGCGCGCCGCCCCCGAUGACCCUGACUCGAUGGCCUCUCGCGCCGUACUGGCCGCGAAGAACUCCGACGUGGAUGCCGUGAACGCCCUUGCCACCGAGGCGUUCCCCGGCGAGGCGAUCCACCUACGAAGUGCCGACGCGAUGGUCGGCGAGGGAGAGGAGGUGCUGCAGGUACCCCAAGAGUACCUGAACACCCUGACCGCGCCGGGAUUCCCACCGCACCAGCUGACGCUGAAGCCGGGGAUGCCGGUGCUGCUGCUGCGCAACCUGAGCCCGGCAGAAGGGCUGUGUAACGGCUCGCGGCUGCUCAUCCGGCGCGUGGUCAGCGGGCGCCUGCUGGAGGCCACCAUCGCCUGCGGUCCGCACCGAGGGCGACAGGUCUUCCUGCCGCGCAUCACCCUCCGGCCACCUGACGACCUGUUCCCAUUCACCUGGGCACGUCGUCAGUUUCCCAUCAAGCCGGCCUUCGCCAUCACGGUCCAUAAGUCGCAGGGCCAGACUCUGGGACGAGUGGCCGUCUUGCUCACCGAGCCGGCCUUCACCCACGGCCAGCUCUACGUCGCCGCGUCACGGGUCGGCCGUGCCAUCUUGAACGACUUCAUCCGCCACUACGAGCUCAUCGAGUACGACGCGUCGGCGCUGGCGGCGCAGCACCGGCGCGUGCGGCGCAGCAUCGAGCCCAGUCCGGACGUGCAGCUGCGGUUCCGCACCGGUGCCAG